CCUCCAAGUGUGGUCAGCGCCUUACACAGGGACCACAGGAGAGUUCUUACUAGGAAUGACUGUGGGUCCCUGCCCACCCGCGUGCCAUCAGCCUUAGCAGAGCUUCAAACUUGGAGCCACCUCCCUCUCUACCUCCCCACGCCCCUUCACGCCACUGCUCCGAAAUUCGCCGACCUUUGCAUGCAUUGCCUAAGGGCUGCAAACCUUGAGGCAGAGAAGCCAGAAACCCAGCCAGGCUUUCCGUAUUGUAACCCUCAGGUCUAGGUACUGUAGCUCACGGAAGACUCUGCAGAUACACCCCUAUAAACGGAGGGAAGAAGGGGGGAGGAAAAGGAGAAAGAGAAUGAAGAGAGGAUGUCAGAAGGUCCGUGCCUCUCUGCCUGAGUCCCAGUUAGACUGUUUCAGUCUGGCCAAGGUGAAGGAAAGUUGCUUCUCAGCCUAGGAAGUGGGUUUGGCUGCAAAGGGAAGGAAGGCGACUGGGCUCUGAAGCUCCCCUCCCUUCUGCAGAAGACCACUGGGUACCCUUCUUGCCAACCUCCUCCCGCUCUUCUCCUCCAGCCCUCCCUUUUCCCACUCCUCCUUGACUCGGAGGCCUGGAUGCUGGGCCACCGGGCAGUGGUCCAGCGCGCAACCGGGCGGGGGCGGGGGCAGGGGGCACUGUGACAGGAAGCUUCGCGUUCAAGUUGGCCAUUUCAGGGGCAAAAUAAGUUCUCCCUUGGAUUUAGAAAGGACAAAGGCAGCAAGCUCCCUCUUUUGUGUCGGAUGAAGAGGACCAACCAUGAGCCGGAGCUUGGGUGCAGGCUCACCGCCUCUACCACCGCGGUCAGCUCCAGUUCCUGCCAGGAGUUGAUGGUGAGAGGAAUUCGGUGAAGGGCUCUUUUAGCCCACUCCUCCCUUAUCUGAAGGACAGGCCAAAGAUCCCACUUGGAAAUGAGAGAAGACUAACAGGCAACAUUGGCUUCCCCCAAUGAUAUCUCCAAGAGAUACAGAAACCGGAUUCAUGAAGAUGUUGACAAGACUCCAAAUUCUUAUGUUAACUUUGUUCUCAAAGGGAUUUUUACCCUCUUUCGGGGAUCACAACUUUAUGAGGAGGGAAAUUAAAAUAGAAGGUGACCUUGUCUUGGGUGGUUUAUUUCCUAUUAAGGAAAAAGGCACUGGAACAGAAGAGUGUGGGCGAAUCAAUGAAGACCGCGGUAUCCAACGCCUGGAAGCCAUGUUGUUUGCUAUUGAUGAAAUCAACAAAGAUGAUUACUUGCUACCAGGAGUGAAGCUGGGUGUUCACAUUUUGGAUACGUGUUCAAGGGAUACCUACGCAUUAGAGCAAUCGUUGGAGUUUGUCAGGGCAUCUUUGACUAAAGUGGAUGAAGCUGAAUAUAUGUGUCCUGACGGAUCAUAUGCUAUUCAAGAAAACAUGCCACUGCUCAUUGCGGGGGUCAUUGGUGGCUCAUACAGCAGUGUUUCCAUACAGGUGGCAAACCUGCUGAGGCUCUUCCAGAUCCCUCAGAUAAGCUAUGCCUCCACCAGCGCCAAACUCAGCGACAAGUCGCGCUAUGAUUACUUUGCCAGGACCGUGCCCCCUGACUUCUACCAGGCCAAAGCCAUGGCCGAGAUCUUGCGCUUCUUCAACUGGACCUAUGUGUCCACUGUCGCCUCUGAGGGUGACUACGGGGAGACAGGGAUUGAGGCCUUCGAGCAGGAAGCCCGGCUGCGCAACAUCUGCAUCGCCACGGCGGAGAAGGUGGGCCGCUCCAACAUUCGCAAGUCCUACGACAGCGUGAUCCGCGAGCUGCUGCAGAAGCCCAACGCGCGGGUCGUGGUCCUAUUCAUGCGCAGUGAUGACUCCCGAGAGCUGAUCGCCGCAGCCAGCCGCGUGAAUGCCUCCUUCACCUGGGUGGCCAGCGACGGCUGGGGCGCGCAGGAGAGCAUCGUUAAGGGCAGUGAGCACGUAGCCUACGGAGCCAUCACCCUGGAGCUGGCGUCCCAUCCUGUUCGCCAGUUCGACCGCUACUUCCAGAGCCUCAACCCCUACAACAAUCACCGCAACCCCUGGUUCCGAGACUUCUGGGAGCAGAAGUUCCAGUGCAGCCUCCAGAACAAGAGAAACCACAGACGGGUUUGCGACAAGCACCUGGCCAUUGACAGCAGCAACUAUGAGCAAGAAUCCAAGAUCAUGUUUGUGGUGAACGCAGUCUACGCCAUGGCGCAUGCGCUGCACAAAAUGCAGCGCACCCUCUGUCCUAAUACCACCAAGCUCUGUGAUGCUAUGAAGAUCCUGGACGGAAAGAAAUUGUACAAGGAUUAUUUGCUGAAAAUCAACUUCACGGCUCCGUUCAACCCGAAUAAAGGAGCAGACAGCAUUGUGAAGUUUGACACUUUCGGAGACGGGAUGGGAAGAUACAACGUGUUCAACUUCCAGAACGUGAAUGGAAAGUAUUCCUACUUGAAGGUUGGCCACUGGGCAGAAACUUUAUUUCUAGAUGUAGACUCUAUCCACUGGUCCCGAAACUCAAUCCCCACUUCCCAGUGCAGCGACCCCUGUGCCCCCAAUGAAAUGAAGAAUAUGCAGCCAGGGGACGUCUGCUGCUGGAUCUGCAUUCCUUGCGAACCCUAUGAAUACCUAAUCGAUGAGUUCACCUGUAUGGAUUGUGGGCCUGGCCAGUGGCCAACGGCUGACCUCUCUGGAUGCUACAAUCUUCCAGAGGAUUACAUCAAGUGGGAGGACGCCUGGGCAAUAGGCCCAGUCACCAUUGCCUGCCUGGGUUUCAUGUGCACUUGCAUAGUUAUAACUGUGUUUAUCAAGCACAACAACACACCCUUGGUCAAAGCAUCAGGCCGAGAACUCUGCUACAUCCUGUUGUUUGGAGUGAGCCUGUCCUAUGGUAUGACAUUCUUCUUCAUUGCUAAACCAUCACCUGUUAUCUGCGCACUGCGCCGGCUUGGGCUUGGGACCUCCUUCGCCAUCUGUUAUUCGGCUCUGCUGACCAAAACAAACUGCAUUGCUCGCAUCUUCGAUGGUGUCAAGAACGGCGCCCAGAGGCCAAAAUUUAUCAGUCCCAGUUCUCAGGUUUUUAUCUGCCUGGGUUUGAUCCUGGUGCAGAUUGUGAUGGUGUCUGUGUGGCUUAUCUUGGAGACUCCAGGCACCAGAAGAUACACCCUUCCAGAGAAGCGGGAGACAGUCAUCCUAAAAUGCAAUGUCAAAGAUUCCAGCAUGUUGAUCUCUCUGACCUACGAUGUGGUCCUGGUGAUCCUAUGCACUGUCUAUGCUUUCAAAACAAGGAAGUGUCCUGAAAACUUCAAUGAAGCCAAGUUCAUAGGCUUCACCAUGUACACCACCUGCAUCAUCUGGUUGGCCUUCCUCCCAAUAUUUUAUGUGACAUCGAGCGACUACAGAGUGCAGACGACAACUAUGUGCAUCUCCGUUAGCCUGAGCGGUUUCGUGGUCUUGGGCUGUUUGUUUGCCCCCAAGGUACACAUUGUCCUGUUCCAACCACAGAAGAAUGUGGUCACGCACAGGCUUCACCUCAACAGGUUCAGUGUCAGCGGAACUGCCACCACGUAUUCUCAGUCCUCCGCAAGCACGUACAUGCCGACGGUGUGCAACGGAAGGGAAGUUCUCGACUCCACCACCUCAUCUCUGUGAAUGUGAUAUGCACUUCAGUUCGUACGUUCUUAGGCCAUUAGCCCAAGCGCUCACGUGCUGCCGCAGAACACGGGGACAGAGCAAAAGAACAACCCUGGCACCUUUUUUUUUUAGAAACAGUACAAUAAAUUAUUUUUGAGGACUGUUCAGUAUCUAGUGAUGUGCUACGACUUUCUAGGCUGAUUUUAGUGCCCCUAAUAACACCCCCUCCCCGAACAUGGAAAUAACCAUUGUUUACAGAGCUGAGCAUUGGUGAAGGGUCCGACAGGGUCAGUCUACUAAAACAAAACAAACAAAAAACCCUACACAGUGGCAAUAUUAGGUAACCUUUUUCCUAUGACGUCUUUUGUAGGUUCUUGUUGUAACUAAUUUAGGGUGAGUUUCUACGUUGUAUAUUAACGUUACAUUAUGUGUAACAGAUUGUUUUUCUCAGUACAAAAUAAAAAGCAUCUGUAUUAAUGUAAAGAUAACCAGAAUAAAAACCUUCCAGGUUUUCAAGUA